AUGAAGCCCUCGUCAGCUGCGCUUCUCCUUGUCGCCGGCCAGGCCGUGGACGCCGUUGACUACAACGCGGCGCCCCCGAAUUUGUCAACUCUGGCCAACGGCUCCCUCUACGAGACAUGGAGACCUCGCGCCCACGUGUUGCCACCCUCGGGCAAGAUCGGUGACCCCUGCAUGCAAUACACCGAUCCCAAGACGGGUCUGUUCCACGUUGGCUGGCUGCACAACGGAACGGGUGUUGGAGGUGCCACGACCGAUGAUCUCGCGACCUAUCGCGAUCUGAACCCCGGUGGUGGACCGGCCAUUGUGCCCGGCGGUAUCAAUGACCCUCUUGCUGUCUUCGACGGCUCCGUCAUCCCUAGCGGAAUCAACGGAACCCCCACUUUCCUGUAUACCUCCGUCUCAUUCCUCCCCAUCCACUGGUCCAUCCCCUACACCCGUGGUGCCGAGACCCAGUCUCUGGCUGUCUCCUAUGACGGCGGCCGCAACUUCACCAAGGUGCAACAGGGCCCCGUCAUCCCUGAUGCACCGUUCGGCCUGAAUGUGACCGCCUUCCGCGAUCCCUACGUCUUCCAGAACCCCAAGCUGGAUGCGUCCCUCGAUAGCACCCCGGGAACCUGGUACACCGUGAUCUCCGGUGGCGUGCACAAUGUCGGUCCCAGCCAGUUCCUGUACCGUCAGACUGACCCGGACUUCCAGUACUGGGAGUACCUGGGUGAGUGGUGGCGCGAGGGCGUCAACACGACCUGGGGUGAUGGCACCUGGGCCGGCGGCUGGGGCUUCAACUUUGAAGUAGCCAACAUCUUCAGUCUAAACGACGAGGGAUACGACCCUGAGGGGGAGAUCUUCACCACCAUUGGAACCGAGGGCUCUGACACACCAAUCGUGAAACAGCUCAGCUCUAUCCACGACAUGCUCUGGAUCUCCGGACAGAUAUCAAACAACGGAUCUAUCAAAUUCACCCCGACCAUGGCCGGUGUCCUGGACUGGGGUGCCUCCGCGUACGCGGGGGCCGGCAAGAUCGUGACGGCGGACUCCCAAGCCGCGAAGAAGAGCGGUGCUCCUGCGCGCUUUGUCACGUACAUCUGGCUGACAGGCGACGAGUUCGAACAAGCCAAGGGCUUCCCUACCCACCAACAGAACUGGACCGGAACCCUACUGCUUCCUCGUGAGCUCCACACCCUGAACAUCCCCAACGUCGUCGACAACGACCUCGCCCGGGAAACUGGCGUGUCAUGGCGCGUGCAAGACUCCGCGAAAUCUGGAACCGUUGAGCUGAAGACCCUGGGUAUCGACAUCGCACGAGAGACCUACGACGCUCUCCUCUCCGGAUCCUCGACCGACGAGCACGCCCGCAAACUCACCAACCAAUCCAGCCCCAUUCCUUUUGCCAACUCCCCGGAGAGCAAGUUCUUCGUGCUGCGCGCCAACCUCACAUUCCCGAAAUCCGCGCGUACCUCGGGCCUCAAGAGUGGUUUCCAGAUCCUCUCCUCGGAACACGAGCACACGAACAUCUACUACCAGUUCUCUAACGAGUCGAUCAUCGUCGACCGAAGCCACACCAGCGCUGCCGCCGAAUCCACCCUUGGAAUUACUAGCUACAACGAGGCGGGUCGUCUCCGUCUCUUCGACGUCGUCGAAGACGGUACCGAGAAGAUCGAGUCUUUGGAUUUGACCAUUGUUGUGGAUAAUGGUGUUCUGGAGGUAUUUGCCAAUGGUCGGUUCGCGUUGAGUACUUGGGUUCGAUCGUGGUACAGCAACUCCACUGACAUCAAGUUUCUUCACAACGGUGUUGGGGAGGUGCAGUUCAGUAAGGUAUCGGUCUCUGAGGGACUAUUUGAUGCUUGGCCGGAGAGGAAUUAA